ACAGAAUUUACUUCCCUCAAACAGAUUUUCACUGCUGCGACGAAAACAGAUUCAAACUGAGACAGAUCAGAGCUUCGGAUUCUGAUUCAAGAGCUUGAGGCGGCGCACUUUCUUCUUAUCUACAAUGCUUCAUUCAAACGAGUUCAAUUUAUUCAUUGUAAUCUAUAUUUUAAUCUUCAUUGUUGGCAGCUCCAUUUUCAGCCAUGGUAAAAUGCUUGACGCCACCGUUUUGAAUGUUGGGGAGGAGCUAAAGGAGGAAACUUUACCGUUACGAAUGGGUUCUCGAGUUUACCAACUACAAGGGCUCAAGUCAUUAACUUGGUAUGAAGUGAAGAUAUCGUAUCCAGCUUCUAUUCCUGCAAGCUUUUCUUUGCAAUUGAAGAAGGGGAAUUCAGAUUCUAGGUUAAACAGGAAUAGAAGAUUGUUGAAUACAGAGAAGUUGAUAUUCAAGAGUGAUAGUCUCGACACGAUUGAUGAUCAGGGUGGACUGUAUGUUUUGGUGACUGUGGAGCCUGAAGGUUUUGUUGCAAUACCCAACACAAAGGAGAGAGAGUUCAUCAUCUUUAAUAUUGUUUGCGAUGAACUAUUUUUGGGUAUCCCUUACAAAGCUUGGUGGGUUGUAUUCUUUGCAUUGCUGUGUUUAGGUUUGGCAUUGAUUAUUCCUCGCUAUCUUCCAUCAUAUCUGCUAGUUGCUCAGAAUGUUGCCAAGCAGUCCUGAGACUUGUCUUUAAGAUACCAUUUUCUCACCGUGGAGCAUUUGUUAAUUGUUAUGUAAGGAGGUGUUUUGUAACAAAAUUUUCAAAAAUGUAGCUGUAGCAACUUUUGGAAAUGUCAAACAUUUGGCUUGAUGAAUGAUUGUUUAUGUUUUCAGACAUGCGAU